AUGGAGGCCCCGUACUCCAUGAGCGCGCACUACGACGAGUUCCAGGAGGUGAAGUACGCGAGCCGGUGCGGCGCGGGCGGGGCGCGCGGGGCGUCGCUGCCGCCCGGCUUUCCGCGGGGCGCGGGGCGCGGCGCCGGCGGGGCCCGGGCCGGCCUGCCGCGCUGGAACCGGCGCGAGGUGUGCCUGCUGUCGGGGCUGGUGUUCGCCGCCGGGCUGUGCGCCAUCCUGGCCGCCAUGCUGGCGCUCAAGUACCUGGGCCCGGGCGGCGCGGGGGGCGCGGCGGGCGCGGCGGGCGCGGGCGCGGCGGGCGGCGGCGCGUGUCCCGAGGGCUGCCCCGAGCGCAAGGCCUUCGCGCGCGCCGCGCGCUUCCUGGCCGCCAACCUGGACGCCAGCAUCGACCCGUGCCGGGACUUCUACUCGUUCGCGUGCGGCGGCUGGCUGCGGCGCCACGCCAUCCCCGACGACAAGCUGACGUACGGCACCAUCGCGGCCAUCGGCGAGCAGAACGAGGAGCGGCUGCGGCGCCUGCUGGCGCGGCCGGCCGGGGGCCCCGGCGGCGCGGCGCAGCGCAAGGUGCGCGCCUUCUUCCGCUCGUGCCUCGACAUGCGCGAGAUCGAGCGGCUCGGGCCGCGGCCCAUGCUCGACGUCAUCGCCGACUGCGGCGGCUGGGACCUGGGCGGCGCGGGGGCCGCGGCCGGGCCGCCGGGGGCGGCGGCGGCGCGCUGGGACCUCAACCGGCUGCUCUACAAGGCGCAGGGCGUGUACAGCGCGGCCGCGCUCUUCUCGCUCACCGUCAGCCUGGACGACAGGAACGCCUCGCGCUACGUCAUCCGCAUUGACCAGGACGGGCUCACCCUGCCCGAGAGGACCCUGUACCUAGCUCAGGACGAGGAGAGCGAGAAGAUCCUGGCGGCCUACAGGGUGUUCAUGGAGCGUCUGCUGAGACUUCUGGGAGCCGAGGCCGUGGAGCAGAAGGCCCAGGAGAUCCUGCAGCUGGAGCAGAGGCUGGCCAAUAUCACUGUGUCCGAGUACGAUGACCUGCGUCGCGACGUCAGCUCCAUGUACAACAAGGUGACGCUGGCCCAGCUGCAGAAGAUCACCCCCCACCUGCGGUGGAAGUGGCUGCUGGACCAGAUCUUCCAGGAGGACUUCUCGGAGGAGGAGGAGGUGGUGCUGCUGGCCACAGACUACAUGCAGCAGGUGUCCCAGCUGAUCCGCUCCACGCCCCGCAGGUCUGGGGAAACUGAGUCUGGAUGGUUUCUAGGGAGGGUGUGGCUGAUGAAGGGCAGCUGGGAGGCAGGGUCUGCCCAGUCCCUGGUCCCAGGGAAAGUGGUGGUGCUGAGCGAGCACCUGUUGCCCCCGUUCCGAGAGGCGCUGCACGCGCUGGCCCGGGAGGUGGAGGGCAGCGACAAGCCCCAGGAGCUGGCGCGCGUCUGCCUGGGCCAGGCCCGUUGCUCUUUGUACACAGACAUGUCUCAGCUGCCAGCGAUGCCAAGGCAGCGCACGCGGGCCCUGCUCUCCCUGCACCCCACCGAGCCCCUCUGCUGUGCCGAGGCCUCCCUCCCGUGGCCCAGGAUUCUUGUGCAGCUGCUCACCCUGGGGCCCUCCGUCAGGCUCCACGUCCUCCUCCCAGGCCCGUCCCAUCAGCACUGUGCUAACUCGGCGUGA